AUGGCAUCGGAAGCAUCGAUAACCGAACAGCUAGAUGGCUUGCUCAACAAUGCCCUAGCUGACUGGAAUAUCUACACCAGCUUGAUCGCGGGCGCUAUUGUCACCCUCACCGUCGUCACUUUCGUUACCUUCAAAGAUCCAGAGAUCCAUCCAUUCCUGCUUGCUCGCCAGUCAACCGCAUUCCCUGUCCGCCAACCCGGCGAGUCUGCCGCCCACAGGAGCCUGGAGACCCCACAUGGGUUCCCGCUGAGAUCUGGGUUGAAUGUGAAAGACCACGGCGCUCCCAGAUGGACUAGCGGACGGAACGGCGAUCUGCGCGAUGUCUGGAAAACUGCGGUGCGUGGAGCGGUUGAAGAAAACAAUAGCAGUGGUACGGGAAAACAGGGCAAGAUCUACACGGUACUUGGGAAGCAGGCAAUUGAGCAUUCGCUGGACCAAACAACGGCGGAAAUCAAUGUUGUUGGAAAGCACUUACAGUCGGCCAAUGCGAAGACAGUUGCCGUCUGCCUGACUGAUUCGGUUGAGCUUUUGGGGUCUAUAUUUGCUGGGGCAUUCUAUGGAUUCAAGGUUGUUCUUGUCCCUCACAAUCUCGACACGGAGGAACUUUCCGCGCUUUUACAGAAGGUCCAAGCCGACUCUCUGAUCGCCGAGGCGGGCGCGGUCGACCUGGCCCUCGUGGCUAAGAAGAAUGACAACCUCUCUCAUGUUCUCUGGGUCGCAAAACUUGGAAGCAGACAUAUGGACUGGAACGCUGUGCCCAAGGAAGUACAAGGCCGCCUAGACGUAGCUGUGUGGCAUGAGCUUGUUGAUGAGAAGAAAGAUUUGGCUGGACUGGAAGUACCUGAAUGGGACCCUACGUCACCUACACCAUCCUUGACCACUCUAUGGUCAGGCGAAUUCAUAGAGUAUAAACCAGAGAAUGUUGUAGCAGGUAUUGCUGGUCUAAUUUACUCCCUGCCUCGCAACCAACGGCUCAACAGCGGUGACCUCGUUCUAUCAAUCGACUCUCUAUCGCGGCUUUACCCCCUAUGCCAAGUGUUUGCUGCUCUCUUCUCCAAUGCCUCCGUGGCCCUGAACUCUGUUGCCGGGGGCAAUGUCGACUUCGCGCUUGCUACCGUUGGAGUAUCUCCCACCGUCAUCGUCGCGUCCUCCCGGACGAUCUCCGAGUACCACGCGAAGUUCAUGAAGCCACACUCCGGGCUGCUUUCCUCCGUUGCUCGUUGGUUCCAGGUCCGCUCACUGGAUGCUGGUAAUAUGCCAUCUCAGGGCUUCUUCAGCCGUCUCGCCACUGUCGGACCUACAGCGGAGCUGUCACUUGAUAGACUUCGCUUACUCUGCGUUGCACACCGUGUGGAUGAGGAUCCCACAGUUCGCCUAAGCUAUGAGCAAUUGACCGACUUAAGGGUGUUCACUGGGGCGCGGGUGGUUUACGCUCUGACUGGCCCCGGCGUCGCUGGCGCCAUCUCCCAAACGAAUGUCUUUGACUAUCGCCGGUUCCCAGGACCCAGCCACUUUGGUGCGCCUCUAAGCACCGUUGAGGUUCUCCUAACUGGUGUUUCUGAAAACACAGAACAAGGAUAUCUCACGGUUUCUGGGCCGUCAGUAAUCUCUGGGAAGACCACUCUCUCAGUACAGGCUCGUAUUCGGGACGAUAACACGUUUGACCUAUGCUCAUGA